GGCGCACCUCCCGGAACGAAACAGGGCAGAGCUGGUCUGGAGGAGACACGCCGUCGCUGGGUUCGCCAGGAAUUAAUCAGCAAGGACUGGAAACUCGUUGGGUUUUGCUGGUGUCGGAGAGGAGACAGCCCUGGAACGAGACAAACAAGGGUUUGAAAUUAGGAAACGGUGUCCUGCGGCUGUUUUAGAUCCAGUCUGCCCUUUUCUUCAGUCUCUUACAAAAACGUUUGCGCAGCAGUAAGAGUUAAGAUUAUGGUACAAAUGAGCUGUAAAGGAUUUAAAUCCCAAGGGAUGGCUUCGUGGCCUAGGGUGAACAAGCGAAAGGCUCACUCUGCCUUGAUCCACCGAAAGAAAUGCUGGAAAACUUAAUGAGCCCCUCAGGCUGUCAGGGUAGAUGAAUGGCACAGGAAGGCUGGAACAUCCUUCGGGGGCAGUUUAUGAAGGCGAGUUCAAAGACAACAUGUUUCAUGGAGUAGGAACCUACACAUUUCCAAAUGGAGCAAAGUACAUUGGACCGUUCAAUGAAAACAAGCUGGAAGGUGAAGGAGAAUUUAUAGAUGAAAAAGGAGUGGAGUGGAGCGGCACGUUUCACCACACAGCAGCAGUGGGACUGAAGCAGAAGCUGAAAAUGUAGCUAUUUGGCACUGACAGUAGCAUUGAUUUAAGGCAGCUCUUUGGCUGCUUUCUGAGCUCAGACAGCUGUGACCAGUUUUCAACAGGCAUUCAUUUCUUCAUUUAUUUAUUAAAAAUAACCUCUGAGGAUGCAUAUCGCUAGU